UGUCGGGUGUCAGGCUAUCAGCAGCUGUUAUGGGCUGAGAAAACCCGCAUCGAGAGUAACACACCAAGAAUAACCUUAGGGGUUCUGCACCAGACACGCCACUGAACUGCUACUGACCGGGCGGUGGGGGGAAAACGCUGUUUUGAUCUGGUGUGCCGCGAGUAACCGAGGCUCACGCAUCUGACAGGCUAAAAGUGACAGCACAGCGUCAUCUGGUGAAACAACCCACCUCACGGGCCAGCUGAGACCAUGUUUCGGUUCUGACCCCGGUAUCGUCGGGAACCACCUGAAAUCGGACUGACUCUCAAGUCUGUUUAGCUAACGGAGGCUAAAGGCCAGCGGUAAGCUGAGGCAGAACCCGCUUGGGUUUGGGAGCCACAAUGCUAAUAGCAGCCUCCGCUGGAAUGGCAAGUGAAAGCCCUGCCCCCGGCACAAAAAAGCACAGGCGGCGAGGAAAAAAACACCGGAGGAUUCGCACUGAGGAGACCCGCUCUGAUGACUUAUGUGACAAGCCAAUACCGCAGACGCAGGAAGACGACUUCACUCCCAGCAAAGCCCCACCUCAACAAAGUACAUGUAGUGAAGCCCAAGAAGUAGCCCCCAACUCUGUGCAUAAAUACUCUCCUGACUGGGACCCCCAAAAUAUAGAUUUUCCAAUUUCCCCUUUUACAUCACCUCAGUGUCCUAAAGAUGUACCUAGCAGUGCCAAGCUCCUCCCUUUCACCCCCGUGACAGUGACACACAUAAGCCAGCCACUUCCUAUAGCACCUAAAAGCCCUGCCCAGAGCCAGCCACUUACUGUCCCAGCUCAGACUUCCAUCCACAGCAAAUCGCUUCCUGUUUCACCUGAGGGGAAGCAUUUACUUCCUGUCCCAUUUCAGAGCCCCUUCCACAAUCAGUCAUUUCCUGACCUAGGUCAGGGCCCCACCAACAGCCAGUCACUUCCUGUCCAAGCUCAUAACGCUGCCUACAGCCAGCCACCUUCUGACCUUGAUCAAGGUCUUUCCAAUGUCAAACCCCUUCCUGUCUCACCUCAGAGCAGGGAUUUUCUUCCUGUACUAUUUCAGAACCCUUGCCAAAGCCAUUCAGUUCCCGGCCUAUCUGAGAGCCCAUCCAUCAACCAGUCUCUUGCUGUUUCAUCUCAGAUUCCCACCCACACACAGUCACUUCCUUUCUCUUCUCAAAGCCUCACCCAUAGCACAAGCCAAUCACCAUCAAGAGUCAGUAUGGAAAUGCAGUAUGAUUUGUCUGCUUGGACUCAUUUAACAUUUGAAAAAUCUAAAACUUCUGUAGCAACAACCGAAGGUGCCACCUUGCCCCCAGCUAAAGCUUCUAUUACACCUCCAUUAAGCCCCUCCCAUCCAGAGCCACUACUGCUCCCCUCUAGGACGUUUACCACCAGUGUUUCUUCCUCUAACCUCUACUCCCCUCUUUGCUGCUCCGCCACCUUCCCUUCAAACGUGAACCCAACCGCUUCAACUUCUGUGAUGUCCACAGUGCCACUGCGCACUUCCAUGCCACCACUGGCCCACAUGAGUCCCCGACCUACAGAGUUAACUCUACCACCUGCACAGCUUCUAGGCUCAGAUGAUGAAGAGCAGGAAGACCCAUCAGAUUACUGCAAAGGUGGUUACUACCCAGUUGCCAUUGGUGACCUCUUUAAUGGGAGAUACCAUGUAGUCCGUAAACUUGGCUGGGGACAUUUCUCAACUGUCUGGCUCUGCUGGGACCUGCAGAAGAAACGCUUUGUGGCAUUGAAGGUGGUGAAGAGUGCACCCCAUUACACGGAGACAGCGCUGGAUGAGAUCAAACUGCUCAGAUGUGUGAGAGACAGUGAUCCCACUGAUCCCAACAGAGAAAUGAUUGUCCAACUGAUUGAUGACUUCAAGAUUUCUGGGGUCAACGGUGUGCAUGUAUGUAUGGUCCUGGAGGUUCUUGGUCAUCAGCUGUUGAAAUGGAUCAUCAGAUCAAACUACAUGGGUCUUCCGCUGGUAUGCGUCAAAAGCAUCAUUAGACAGGUGUUACAGGGUCUGGACUACCUACACACAAAGUGUAAAAUAAUCCAUACAGACAUAAAACCAGAGAACAUCUUGUUAGAUGUGGAUGAGGUGUACAUCAGGAGGCUGGCUGCGGAGGCCACCAUCUGGCAGAGAGCAGGAGCCCCGCCACCUUCUGGGUCAUCAGUCAGCACAGCUCCCAGGGACAUCCAGGUGGGUAAAAUAUCCAAAAACAAGAAGAAAAAAUUGAAGAGAAAAGCGAAGCGGCAAGAGAAACUGUUAGAGGAGAGACUAGUGGACAUUCAGAGAAUGGAUGAAGAAAACUGCACACGCACUAACUCCCCUCCAGUCGUCAAUGGCAACGCUUCCUGCAAUGCAACCAUUGACAAAGUGAGCCCAAUGUCAUCUUGUUCCCGGUUGGAGGACAAUUGUAAUGGCCACGGUCCCGGGCGGUUUUCCAGUCCUGCCUCUGCUGUCUCGGGGUUCUCCAGCUCCGUAAUCUCAGCCACGUCAGAAUCGACACUUUCCACACAGUCAGGAUACUCCAGUGGACAAGACUUGUUUAGCGCGACAGACUUUGUCCUCAGUCCCCUUGACCCUCACAACGCUGACAAGCUGCGAGUGAAGAUUGCUGAUCUGGGAAAUGCUUGCUGGGUGCACAAGCAUUUCACUGAAGACAUUCAGACAAGACAAUACCGAGCCCUUGAGGUUCUGAUUGGAGCAGAGUAUGGACCACCGGCUGAUAUCUGGAGCACCGCCUGCAUGGCGUUUGAGUUGGCCACUGGCGAUUAUUUAUUUGAACCUCAUUCAGGCGAAGAUUACACCAGAGAUGAAGAUCACAUCGCUCACAUUAUUGAGCUUCUGGGUGCCAUCCCUUUGCCUUUUGCCUUGUCCGGCAGAUACUCCAGAGAAUAUUUUAACAGAAGAGGUGACCUGCGCCACAUCUCUAGCCUGAAGCCAUGGGCUCUGUUUGAGGUCCUCCUAGAAAAGUAUGAGUGGCCGUUAGACCAGGCUGCUCAAUUCAGUGACUUCCUGUCAAGCAUGUUGGAGCUGGAGCCAGAUCGCAGGGCGACCGCCGCCGAGUGUCUGCGUCAUGCCUGGCUUCGGUCAUGAGCACCUACGUACUGUAUGUGAUGAGGCGUCGUGAUGACGUGUGCCCCCAUGGAUGGGACUCGUUGAUAUCGCCACCACCCACCAGUUGAUGCCAGUGUUGGAAAUAAACUGAGAUUUCUCAAGUCACAGGGUGCGUUCCAAACACGGCAGCUGCAAGGCACUCAUACUUCCUGUCUAGCUUGGAAUCUUUAAAAUUGUGGCCGCCUUGUGUGUGCCAUGUUGUCUCUUGAAAAGGUCACUUGACAUGACAAGCUACGGGGCGUACAUGUUUGGAACACACCCGAAUGGACACUUCGAUUCUGUUCUUGUUCUGGAACUUUGCUGAAUUGUGUUGAUAUGAGACUGUGUUCUUUGUGACCACCAACAAGCAACCUCCUGCUGUUUAGACGAGCUUCCUGUCGUGAAUUCCUAGUGCCUUCGAAUCCGCCCAGAUCCUCGACCGCCUCACAGUGACUUUUUUUUGUUGUAGUUUUUUUUUUUUUUUUUACUUAACCACCUUUUGUGUGAAAUGUUUCUUCUGUACAAUAAUAGGGGCUUUAAAAUUCCACCACUGACAUGUUGGCUCAGCUUUGACUUCAGGUAGUGCACCUGAGGUCAACUAGCUGGCAGGAAGGCACAGGCAAAAACAAUUACAUAAAAAUAUUUUCAGUUUCAUUUCUUUGGUCUGCUUUAUAAUGAUUUCCUUUCAAUGAUGGCUUUGAUUUUGUUGUUAAAACUGGUGAAUGUUUCAUUUUCAAAUACAGUGCAAAAUUGAGAUUGGAAGCACGGCAGCAAGCAGCCAGCCUCACUUUAUAUAGUCUCAAAAAGUAGUAAUAGAGUAGCACAAUUAAAUAGCACCGUCUAUUAAUGACAUUUGUACAACAUUACAUUUAUAUAAACAGGACGUUAUUUGUAAGUGAGACACUUUGCAUUUCCAGUUUAUUUUCAGUUUUUUAAAAAUGUUUCACAGGAUAGUGUAGUUAAUGUUUUGGUAUUUGAACUGCAAGUAGAGGCACACACAGGAGUCUGUCUCCACACUAAAGUGGGUGGAUGAGUCAAGAGCACAGGUUUGUGGUUUAGUAUUGCGCACACACCUAGCAGGUGCUAGUAUAGGUUUCUUUGAUUUGUAAAAUCAGAAUAAUGUCAUCACACUGCAUACUUAGCUCAUAAACGUUGGGACUCUUGGACAAAAUGAUGUCCUCUCCAGGUUACAAUUCUAUUUAUAAAAUUAUUCAUUUGGUGGCCUGUGUGUUCAAAGUAUUGACCUUCCUCAAAUAUACAAUUAUCUUCAAAAUUAUUCAAACUCCAGUUUAGUGUUGUAGCAAUUCUGACAUUUUUUAAUAUGCAGAAACUGAUCAAAUAAGGACUUAAUCAUACAUAAGACUGCAGUGGGGGUUGAAUAAUUGUGAACACAAUGAUCUCACUAGCUGUCCUUUGACCUAAAUACCCCAAAAUUGAAUCUCCUAUUCCGUUACAUAAAUCUUACAAGUUUGAUAAUAGUCCCUAUAUUCGUUCUUGAGUUAUCUUGAGCUUAGACAUACGGAAGUGAAUACAUAACCUACGGUUUCUGUAGAUUUCAACUACUAGCGGACGUAAAAGUCAUUAAAUUACAAAGAAACCUGGCCGGGAGCGGAUUUAAUUAGCUAUAUUUCACGGUUCGACUCAUGCAGUUGUAAAUCAUAUUUUACUUCAGCUCACACCAAACACCUGUGACUACGCGGGCUAUGGGCUUGUGCCCCUAAAUUGAAGAAUCUCUAAAAAUAAACCUUUUUUUUUAAUUAAAUUUCAUUUUAUAUUAUCAAGGCUUUUCCAGAGUUAAAAAAGAUACUACUGUCAUUUUUGAUUGAGUGAUGGCUAAUCUUUAAUGGCUAAUAAAAGCCGAUCGUGGCUAGGUCUCCAUUACAUGGUGAAUAGGCCAAUAUUGACAUGAAAGUUUGCUGCACAGUUUUCCAAGUGAUGUUUAUAUUAGUGUCUGGCAUUGUGUAAUGCCAUGACAUGAAAUAUGUACUUUCUUGAAAAUGCCUGGAACUGAAGCAGCCAUGAGGGGUUUACUUAAAAAAAUGCAUUGCUAUGGUUACAAGUUACUUGUUAAAAGUUGUAAG